AAUGGGAAGUAGACUUAAGCCAAACCAUAAUUAUGCUGACUGCUAAUUACUGGGAUAGGGUUCCUGACUUUGUGCGUUCCCGUUGUAAAAGAGUGAAUAUUCAAUUAUUAUCCUUUAAAGAACGGAUGGAUAUUUUAAGAAAUAGAAGAGAUGCUUUUGUAAGGGAAUAUUUCCCUAGCAAUAUUGUCGGGAAAGAAGCUAUCAACGGAAUUGAAAUCAAAUACGAUGAAGAUGAAUACAAUAAAAACCACGAACCUAAUACUUUUACCGAGGAACAACAAAAAAUUCGGGAAAGAGUAAAUGAUGACUUUUUAAGAAUGUGCAUUACUGAGGAAUUCGGAAUACGAGGAGGGAUUAUGAAUCUGGUUAGUGCUUUUAAUUUCUUAAUUACUUUUAAAGUGCGGAAAUUAUUAGACAAAAUGCCUUAUUUAGACCAACCAACUGGCAAUAAUUCGCCCUAUAAGAACGGAAAGUGGUUUAACGUCAGUCAAGAGGGAGAAGGAACUCUUAAUUUGAAUUAUGAAGUAAAUGGGAAGAACUAUUUAUUGGCUUUAACUCAAAAGCGGGAUGUAGAAGAAAUUAAAGCAGUUAAAAAAGAAGCCGUGGCAGGAUAUGAAAAAGCAGAAGAAAAAGACACGGACGAAACAAUAGAAUUAAUUGAGAAUUUAUUCAAACCAGAUUAUUUAGAAGUUAAAAUUAGUCAAGACCUAACAGACACAGAUAUAGAUGAUGAUUUUGACCGCUAUGACUGUGUACUUUUAGAAUGCAAAGUGUGUGGGGUGGAAUACAGCGAAAGUAUGGGACAUGAAUGCAUGGAGCCUGAAAAAGAACCUGAUGAGUUUGAGGAUAAUGAUCCUGAUAGCUACGAAACUAUUUAUUGUGAACCUACUUGCCCGAAUUGUGGCAGAGAUGAAAAUGAGUGCGUCGGAAGAUGCGACGACUCCGAAGAAAUGGAACCCGAACCAAUCGAGGAGGAAUUUGAACCAUCAGCCGACUUUUGCUGA